UCUUGCCCUUGCCCUCAUUCGCUGGACCCGCAGAAGAGAGCCAACGCCGCCUUCCUCAUCGCCGCCUACGCCAUAAUUUACCUAAAAAAGACCCCCGAGGAAGCAUACAAACCACUGGUGGGCGGAAACAGCCCGCAGUUCUGUCCCUUCCGAGAUGCCGCGUAUGGGAUGUCGACGUACCAUCUCACGCUGCUCGACUGUCUGCAUGCGAUCGACAAGGCCUUCAAAUUGGGCUUCUUCAACUUCGAUGACUUCGACGUCGACGAGUAUGAGUAUUACGAAAAAGUGCAGAAUGGCGACUUCAAUUGGAUCAUGCCAGGUAAAUACCUUGCUUUCUGUGGACCGCAUGCCGAGAGCAAGAUCAAGAAUGGAUACACACUCCAUUCCCCCGAGACUUACUUCAGCUAUUUCCGCAAGCAUAAUGUGACAACCAUAGUGAGACUCAACAAAAAGAUUUACGACGCUUCGCGGUUCAAGAAUGCAGGCUUUGAACAUUAUGAUAUGUACUUUAUUGAUGGAUCGUGUCCUUCAGAUGAAAUCAUGAGGGAAUUCCUGCGUGUCAGUGAAAAUACUGAUGGAGCUCUUGCUGUACACUGUAAAGCUGGCCUAGGGCGUACAGGAUCCCUCAUUGGUUGCUACAUGAUGAAGCACUUCAGAUUCACAGCAGCAGAGUCUAUUGCCUGGUUGCGCAUCUGCAGGCCAGGCUCCAUUAUCGGGGGGCAGCAGCAAUGGCUCACUUCGAAACAGUCUUCACUGUGGCUAGAAGGAGACAUCUUCAGAGCACGCAACAAAAAUCAAAACUUGAACAAGAAAUUCGAUUUUGGAAUUUAUAGCAUUGCUUGGAGGGACCACUUGGCCAACAUGCGGAAUAACCAGAACAAAAACAACUGCAAGAAUGAUAAUAAAAAGAAGAUGGUUAAUGGAAAUACAUCAGAGGAUGAUGUAGAUCGAGAGGAAAAUGUCCAAGUAGUGCUAAGUGGCGUUGACUUGUUGAAGUUGGAUGAUCAAACUUCACAAACAGAUAAUCAUGACAAGUACAUCGAGGAUGUUGCAAAUAGUAAUGCAGACAGUAAAGAUUCCGAGACUCGACUUAUAAAUGGGCUUUCACAAGGCGAUCGCCUAAAUCAGCUGAAAGCUUCACGAACCCAUGCCCGUUCUGCCACGACUGGACGAGUACACCUUGAGGACAAAGCUCACGUGCGUACCAAGUCCACGCCCCUGGGGAGUGGAGGCAGUGGUAGUGGUGGUGGUGGGCGAGAGGCUGUGCUGUCUCCACUGAAAGCUGGCAAGGUCUCCACCAUCACCACAGCCUACAGAGACACGGCUCGUAGGCCUAUGCGAUCCACUACCACAGCCACAAGCAAGAGACAUGCAUGGCUAUUGGGAUCGGUGUAUCGGGGAUCCGCUCAUCGUGGGAACAAGGCUCUGGGGAUGUCACGAUCCCCGGGUCCUCCUUCUGUCUCACAGCCCCUAACACGGGCCCUGAUUUCAUCUUCCAUGGCUCCACCAGAGACCCCACAUGGUGGUCCUGGUGGGGGCUCUGCAUCUCAGACUUCAGCAAGAAAGAUGCACCUUAGCAGUACCAGCGGGUCGUCCUCUAGUCUUUCCAAAUCCUUUCAUGUUACUCUUUCUUCUCAGUCUAAAGUGCCCUGUCUGUCGUCUCUUUCGUCCUAUUCUUCCUCCUCGUCCAACGACAGUCCAAUAGCCAGAACUAAUGAGGUGAACAAUGUUGUGGCUGGAGUGUCAUCUUCGGGUGCUGUGGACAAUGGAAACAUUGGGGAAAGUCAACAGUUUAAUAAUAACAACUCUGAACAAGAGGGAGAUAGUGGAGGCUGCAGCUUGAGAGAGGAUGAGAGAAGUCGGACAUCCAAUUUGGGAAACCGCUCACACCUUUCACCUGUCAUUCACAGCAAACUCCCAGUCUAUCGCGUAGUAAAGGGGAUAACAAAUAGUAAUCAACUUUUUCACUACCGUUUCUCUCCUGUCCGAACCUCAAAUACACUUGCCAGCAGGUCCACGAAAGCUGCCCUUGUCAGAUGACUACCAAUACUGCCCACCUCGAAAAGCAAGAACAGUAAGAAAA